AUGAGCAAGCGACAGGAGAAUGUUCAUAUUCCGAAGUACAUCAAGGACCAGCCUUGGUUUUACAAAAGCUCGGCGGAGGGAAGCGCAGAGAAUGAAGACUACCUUGCGCAUCAUAGAAGGCAUGGCAGACCCGACAGCGAUCUUGACAUCGACAACAACGCAGAGCCCAAGAUAGGAAGAGGCAUAAGAGAUGAGUACGAGCAAUACACCGGGGUUUCGAGACCGAGGUUUGCGAAAGCAAAAUGCUUGAACUGUGGGGCAGCAGACCACAUUUCCAGAGACUGCCUAGAGGCACCAAGAAAACGCAAGGCCUACACUGAGGCGCAAACCCGCACCGCAGUGGUGCGCAGGAAAGAAAUUGAUGGCAACUGGGAUGCCAGGCGGGACCGCUGGUUCGGAUACGAGGGCAAGGAGUAUGAGAAUGUGCUUCAAAAAUGGGAAAACAGCGCGGCGAAGCAGCGCGACCAGGCUGCUGGUGACGGAGAUAUCGCAGACGAACUCGACACUGACGAGGAGAUCGAGCUUGCUGCCCUAGGCCUCUUCAAGGAUGAGGCCACAGGCGCCGUGGCCGCUGACGACGAGCAGGGCUCGAAGCUGAGAGCAUCUGUGCGGCUCCGUGAGGACCGCGCUGCCUACCUGAACGAUAUCAACUCUGAAACCAUCAACUACGAUCCGAAGUCACGCUUGUACAAAAGCGACACCCUUGGGGAAGUGGAUUCUGAAUCCAAGAUGUUCCACCGACACCUCACAGGCGAGUCGCUGGAGCUUUCUAAAUUGAGCAGAUUCGCACGCGAGAAGACGCUGGAGUCCGGUGUUCGGGACGAAAUGGAAGACGAAGCUAAAACUAGACAUGUCCUUGUGGCGAACCCCACGAAAUACGAGCUGAUGAUGAAGAAGGAGGAAAGCAGCGUGCCAGUAAAACCGGAGGAUCUUUAUCGCGGUCAGUCCGCUAAAAAGCUCACAGGAACAAAGCAAUCUGAAGACCAAAAGGCGCAGCUACUCAAGAAGUACGGCUAG